AUGCCAGCACCAACAUCCCGCUCCCCCACCCCCACACCCCUCCCCCCAACAGCCAGCACCCCCGGCCCCCGCGCCACGGCCCUGUCAAGCAUCUUCCACGUCUCCCUCGACGCGACGCUAAAGCGGCUUUCCUACGCCAACUUCGCGACCUGCUUCCCAACGCCCGCGCUCCACGUGCCCGAAAACCUCGACGCGUUCCACCGCGACUUCGUGUCGCGGCUGGGCGAAGUGUGCCGUGCGCAGUUCGCCGGGAUUCUAGAGGAGAGGGACGUUGUGGCGGGGUUGAAUGAGCUGGAUAGGCUUGUUGGGGAGGCUAGGAGGCGCAAGGAGGCGGGGGAGGGGGAGGUCGCGAUGCAUGGGCUACCGCCGGAGGUUUUGCUCAGGGCGCAUCUGGCGGGGUUUUUGGGGGGGAGGGAAAGCGCGCUCGAGGAGAGGCUGGAGGAGGUGAGAGCGGGGAAUCGGGUGUUGGCUGAGGCGGUCAGCGAGCAGAGGAGGGAGAUUGAGGCGUUGGUGAAGGGCCUGGAGGGUGUGGUGAAGGAUCUGGAAGAGGCGGCAGGGUUGGUGCAGGAGGAUGCGAUGGAGGGUGUUUCCGGAGAGAUCAGGGGGAUUGAGGAAGAGUUGAGAACGGCGUGA